GUUCAAACAAAAGAGGAAAGUCGGGAUCUGGUGGGAUGGGACAAACCCAACAAGGAAAGCCCUGACGAAGUUGUUGGAGCUAUCAACUCUUUAGAGCCCGAGGUAGCUUCAAAAUCGUGGAGAUUACUUGUGGUCUGACCUCAUCAAACCGCGACUCGAUAGAGCUCAACACACGCAAGACAAGUCACUAAGACGGCGUGUCAGUAAUUCUCGAUUUUUUCCUUCGCCUAUUUAGCGAGUUUGUUCCGAUCGUUCAGUUCCGGCCAUGCACUACUUCCUAGCUAUUUGACACCGCUCCCAACCACUCUUGGCCCAAGUUGGUCCUUGAAGUCUCUUGUAUUCCUUCUUCCCUUCCUCUUUGAAUUUCAAUUCUUUCAACCAUACACUCGUUUGUGCUCUAAGCAUGCGCUGUUCUUAUUUUCUCAAAUGCCUAUUGGCAGUGCCUCUGUACGGCACUUUGACCUCAGCUAUCACUGUAAACAGCACAAUUCUCGUCCUUGCAAGAGAUGCUGACAGUGCCUUCUCUGCAACUUCGGGAUUAGAUGGUUAUGGGAUUCCCUACCAGACACUCAUUGUACCACAAACAGGUACAAUAUUACCAGUGUUGAAUUCAACAAGAUCCAGUGGGAACUAUGGAGGAUUUAUCAUCAUGAGCGAACUCAGUUACGAGUACCUGAAUGGAUACGCGAGCGCCCUCACCGCAGCUCAAUGGCAGCAGCUUUAUGAUUACCAGACGUCUUUCGGAGCUCGAAUGGUGAGAUUGGAUGUAUACCCAUAUGGGGCAUUUGGUAGGUUGUCUUUAAACCAAGGCACAAGUCAAUCAUUCUAAUAUGUUUUCAGGCGUGGAAACAGCGAUUUCUGGACAGGGAUGUUGUGACAGUGAAACAGAACAGGCCAUCAGCUUCUCCAACUUGACAGCUUUUCCAACUGCAGGCCUCGUAAAGUACGAUCUUUGAGAGCUAUCCAUAAGUGAUCAUGUCUAAUAACGUAAUAGAGGCGCUACCGUGACUACCAACUCUAUAUAUCAUUAUCCAGCAGUAAUCACCGACCCAUCGACCACCACUGAAAUUGCCCAAUUCAGCCCUGCUGGAGCUUUUACGAACACUACCACCGCAGCGGUCAUCAACAACUUUUCUGGUCGCCAACAAAUGGUCUGGUUUACUGGGUUUGCAACUCAGUGGUCUGCGUCUUCCAACUUUCUUAUGCAUGCUCACAUCAAUUGGAUCACCCGUGGCUUGUGUAAGUUCAUUACCCAUAUUGCGGCUACAUUACAGUCUUACAGUACCUCUAACAACAUUUACAGAUGCCGGUAGACGCCGAAUGUACUUUGGAACUCAGGUCGAUGAUAUGCAGCUGGCAACCACGAUAUACCAAGACACAAGGAGAUUCAGAGUUCGAACUACAGACUUGGACGAGCACGUCGCCUGGCAAAAGAGACUCCAAACUCGCCUUCCUGCUGGCUCAUCAUACAUAAUUGAGAUGGCUCACAAUGGGAACGGAAACGUUCAAUGGGCCCUACAAAAGGACAAUGGCAUCUGCAACCCAAAAACCUACAUCUCGUAUUCGCAGGGCCCAGCUCCACCACUUGAAUUUCAAAAGCCUUUAGGGACAGGAACUGAUGUUUGGCCUACAUCUCCCGCCAGUUAUAAAUGGUCAAAUGAUUGUGUUCGGCAGGAUCCUGUUGGGGCGUGGUUUACAGUCGCAGCGAACCGUGAUGCGUUCCUGCAUGUCUCACACACCUUCUCCCAUGAGAACUUGAACAACGCAACUUAUUCCGACGUGAACAAGGAGAUGGAGUUCAACAAGGCUUGGCUUGACAAAAGCACCAUAUCUGCCGGAAAUUUCUCCAAGAACUCACUGGUUCCUCCAGCCAUCACAGGAUUGCAUAAUGGCGAUGCCAUCAAAGCUUUUCUGGAUAACGGCAUCAGUGUUGUGACCGGAGAUAAUAGUAGACCUCUAAUUACGAACCAAGUUUGUCUCAUCUCAUUGUACUGCCAAAUAUCGUGGCUAAUAUUUGAACAGGAAAAGCCAUUCUGGCCAUUGAUUAGCAACGUUGCUAAUAAUGGAUACGACGGGUUAACGAUUGUCCCUCGAUGGCGUAAGUUGUAUUCUCCUUGAAAUUAAUCUACUCCUUUCUCGUUUAAUUCGAAUCCUAACCUUUAAUACCAAGCUACUCCGAUUUACUACGACUGUGACACGGCCAACUGCACUCUAAGCGAGUGGAUCAAUGUUUCUGGUGGAUAUGGAGGCUUCAGCUCCCUCAUUGACUUUACCCGCUCAACCGAUACCCGACACCUGCUUGGUUUGCAUCAUGAUCCGUAAGUUGGCUUAUACAACUUCUACCGGGCACGCUGACCAAUUCACAUAGAUUCAUGUUCCACCAAGCAAACAUGCGACUUGGUGAUGUCCCCACUUUCACAGCCGGAGACCAGACCGGUCAAUUCUCCCUCCUCCAAAUCUUCACCGAAGUCGUUCUUCAAGAAAUGAUGAGAUUGUAAAAUCCCCAAUCUUCCAUCACAUAAUCCCCAUUCACUAACAAGCAACAGGACAACCUGGCCUGUCGUCAGUCUCGGUCUAGCCGGCCUGGGAGAAGCCUUCACAAACCGUAUGAAACGAGAGUACGUCCCACCAAGCCCUCCAUAAUAUCACGCAAUACUAACAUCCGCAUAGCAAAUGCCUACCAUAUCUCAUCUACACCAUGACCGACGCUAAAUCCUCCACCACCGGAACACCUCCAAAGUUCAUCACGGGCGUCACUGUCGGUGGAGCAUUGAACAACAAAUGCACGACACCGAUUCCCGUUACGGUGCCUGGAAACAGCACACUUCCAUCGGGAGCUACGCGUGAGCAGUUGGGUAGUGAUUCGCCGACCAUCUGGACGAAGUUGACUGGUAGAACGGUUACGAUUACUUUGACGCAACCUAUCCCUAAUUAGACUUUUUCUUUGUUGUGUCUUUUGGGGUUGAUAGAUUUAGAUAGUACUCGAGUGCGCGCUUUUAUUUGCGAGUGUUGUAGACUUCAUUUACAUAUACAUAUAUACUGGAUUCAUCUACCUUCCACGAGUCUGGUUGCUGUUGUCGGAUUCUUGCUAGUGAGGGUUGUAGCUCUAUUUACUCUAUUUUGUACUGAUCAAGUAAAACAAAAAAUAUGAACUUCCG